UACCCCGUCUCCUUCGACAGGCAUCAAUGGGACCACUCCGCUGACCCUCUCGCAGUCGGCCAGGACCCGCUGCACGAUGCGUUCAGCCUCAGAGGGCCCGCGUCCGCGUACCAGCUGCCCGACGACCAACUCCCGCCCAACUCAGGCUCGCGCGACGCCUUCUACAUUCUCCUGCCCCUGCUCAUCGUGCUCUCGACGUUCCUCUUCCUGCUCCUCAUCUUCCUAGUAUGCGUCAUUCUCCUCCGCAGGCGACGCGGCAUCAUGCUGCGAGAUAACGAUGGCCCGAUCGACAUGAGCCGCGAGGACCUUGUCGAGGGCGAGGGCGGCUUCGAGGGCGUCGAGUCUCGCUGGCUGGAGACGGUCCCAGAGCCCGACCGUAGAUCAUACUUGCGCGCCAAAGAGUACCAAAUGCAGUACCCGCCGAACUCCCUGCCGACAGACAUCACCCUAUCUCAGUUCCUGUCCAUCCAAGAGAAGGGCGUGUCGGCAUGGUCAUUCGAGCCUGACUUUGAGGCGAUGAACUCGAUGCUUGUCCACGCUCGUACAGAGAUCACGUUCCUCCCUGACCCGUCCUCGGCUACGUCCGUGCAGUCUAACUUGCCGCUGCCGAAACUCAACGAGGUCUAUUACUGGGAGGUGAAGAUGUUUGACCUGCCCGAGACGACCAAUGUUGCCGUUGGUCUUGCGACAAAACCUUACCCAUCUUUCCGGCUUCCGGGCUUGUGCCGUUUCUCUGUCGCAUAUCACUCGAGCGGUGACAAAUCACACAAUUACCCGUUCACGGCGACUCCCUGUGGUUCACAGCUUAAGGAGGGUGAUGUGCUCGGUGUCGGCUACCGCCCUCGCACGGGGACCGUGUUCUUUACUAGGAACGGCCGGAAGAUGGAGGACGCGUUCAUCGGGCUCAAUAAUUGGAAUCUCUUCCCCACCGUGGGCGCCGAUGGUCCUUGCAGUGUGCAUGUAAACCUCGGCCAGUCGGGCUUUGUUUUCAUAGAGGCGAACGUGAAGAAGUGGGGACUGGCACCUAGCGUAGGGACUCUUGCGCCACCGCCUCCGUAUGGCAGCGAGCGAGGUAGCCUACUACUUGCCGCGGGCGGUGACAUCAUGUCCGCGCCGAAUGGCUUAUCCUCUGCGCAGAGCCCGCCGCCGGGAUCGUCUCGAUCAAGACGUUCUCACCGCUCG